AUGGCUCCCCGAGGAGGCUUUGAGGAUGAGGAGCUCACCAUUUCUUUGUCUUCGUCCCACGUCCGACGGCAGCAGCAGCAGCAGCAGCAGCAGCAGCAGACGGCACAAGAGCAUCAUCGAUACCAAGGUCGCGAUGAUGCUGCAAGACCCUCUAGACCCAACGGCGGUCGCUUAAAUGCCGAAGCGUCACAGAGGGACAAGUCCAAGACCGAGCAGCGCAUCGGCGCCUACAAAGUUGUCCGGACCUUGGGGGAAGGUUCCUUUGGCAAAGUAAGGCUUGCUAUCCACCAGGGCACCGGACAGCAAGUAGCUCUCAAGAUUAUCGCCCGCAAGAAGCUCAUCAGUCGAGACAUGGCUGGCCGUGUCGAGCGAGAAAUCGAGUACCUGCAGCUUCUUCGCCACCCACACAUCAUAAAGCUAUACACCGUCAUCAAAACUCAGACGGAAAUCAUCAUGGUCCUCGAGUAUGCUGCCGGAGAACUGUUCGACUACAUUGUGCAAAACGGCCGCAUGAAGGAGCCCGAGGCUCGUCGCUUUUUCCAGCAGAUGCUCUGCGCUGUCGAGUACUGUCAUCGCCACAAGAUUGCCCAUCGUGAUCUCAAGCCCGAGAACCUGCUCCUAGACGAUAACCUCAACGUGAAAAUUGCCGACUUCGGCCUGAGCAAUAUCAUGACUGAUGGAAAUUUUCUCAAGACGAGCUGUGGAAGCCCAAAUUAUGCUGCACCCGAGGUGAUUGGCGGAAAACUCUAUGCUGGGCCCGAAGUCGAUGUUUGGAGCUGCGGCGUCAUCCUCUAUGUUCUGCUCGUUGGCCGACUGCCUUUUGAUGAUGAGCACAUUCCAAGCCUGUUUGCCAAGAUUGCUCGAGGCACGUACAGCAUACCUCAGUGGAUGCCCUCGGGCGCGGCAAACCUGAUCAAGAGAAUGCUCGUCGUCAAUCCUGUGCAGAGGGCUACGAUUGAGGAAAUCCGGCAAGACCCCUGGUUCCUGACCGAUUUGCCUGCAUAUCUUCAGCUCCCAGUGGAAGAAUUUCUCAACACGGGCGUCGAUCCAAACAAGGCUAUUCAGAAGCGAGACAUUGCACCCAAUGCAUCGGUCCAAGUCCAGGAGAAGCUUCAUAACGAAGUUACCGAAAAGAUUAGCAAAACUAUGGGUUACGGCAAGACGGAUGUUGAAGAAGCCCUGCAGUCUGAGGAGCCAUCCGCCAUCAAAGAUGCGUACAUGAUUGUCCGAGAAAACAAACUCAUGCAAGUUACUCAAGGCGGAGAACCGUUGACUCCGGAUGUCGAGGAGGCUGCGAGCCCCAUGAUGAGCAUGUCAUCGGCUCGGUCGGGGAUAUCAGCCGCCAUCCCUUCGCGGCCCUACGUCAGCAAGGUCGGCGUGCUUCCGACCAGUCUGCCCACGUAUCACAAAGACUUCAUCGAGAGGCAAAAGGCCGGUUUGGACUCACAGCCGUCCCAAGUUGCCACCAUCAACGAAGAGCCCCCCGCCGCGAGAACGGAUGCUGAAAAGGAGGAAGCUGCCCGGCGGCUGAAGCCGCACGCGAGAGCCCAAGCACGCCUCGAGGAAGACCGAAAGCGCCCUCAAGGAAUGACGCCAAUGAAUCCGCCCAAGAAGAUGAAGCCGGUUCGAUGGCAGUUUGGCAUUCGGUCAAGGAACGCUCCAUGGGAGGCGCUGUUGUGCAUCCACAAGGCCCUGCACAAGCUUGGGGCCAAGUACAUUCCCGACGAAGACUAUGCGCAGGCUCACGGCAAGGGGAGCGAGACGCCGAGCGGGGACGGCAGUUUUGCCGACGACUACGACCCUGCGCCUCUGCGGGAUUCGAGCACGAGUCCAGAUCCAAUGAAGCGGUACAAGCUGCCUGCGGAUCCGUGGCACAUACGGAUCCGAUGGGAGUCGUCUACCUUUAACACACACAUCCAAACAAUAGAAGGCGCGGAAAAGAGCCAGACCGGCACGCCCAACAGCUACCACGUCCUGGCGGGCGAUCACGCAGUGCAAAGGGCCUUUACGGCCCUCCACCUGGACAUUCAAAUCUACGAAAUGGAGCAGGGCGUUUAUCUGGUGGACUUUAAGUCUUCGGGGUACGAAACUCCCGACGGCAGGCUGCUGGAGGAGAAGGAAGUGACGAGCCCGUUUCCAUUUCUCGACAUGGCGGCGAGGUUGAUCAUGCAGCUGGCAGAGGCGGACUGA